GCAGCUAACUUUCGUUUCGUAAGCAGUAUCUUUUAAAAUGGCUCGCACCAAGCAGACCGCUCGUAAAUCAACUGGUGGAAAGGCACCAAGGAAACAGUUGGCCACCAAAGCCGCUCGGAAGAGUGCACCUGCCACUGGCGGAGUGAAGAAACCCCACAGGUACAGGCCUGGAACUGUCGCUCUGCGUGAAAUUCGUCGUUACCAGAAAAGCACUGAGCUUUUGAUCCGCAAAUUACCCUUCCAACGUCUCGUUCGUGAAAUCGCUCAGGAUUUCAAGACUGACUUGCGUUUCCAAAGCUCUGCUGUUAUGGCUCUUCAGGAAGCUAGUGAGGCUUACUUGGUUGGACUUUUCGAAGAUACCAACUUGUGCGCUAUUCACGCCAAAAGAGUUACUAUCAUGCCAAAAGACAUCCAAUUAGCUCGCCGUAUUCGUGGAGAACGUGCUUAAUUCUGGUUUGUACCAAACAAUCGGCCCUUUUCAGG